ACUCGAUGACGUCACGGGCACUAGCUCUUGUGUUCAAACUCAAUGGCCGAAGAUUUCUGAUUCAUUGGAUUAUAUUGGUUUUAUCGCUCUCAUGACAACGCCGGGAUCUUUUUAAUCGUGAUUGCAGGACAGCAGAGAUAUUGAACUAAUGCGGAAUUAUCUCCCAUGGCGAAUAUGUUGAAAUGUAUACCGCUUUUUCGGGCGUGCAAUCGGCAGGUCGAGUACAUAGAUCGUCGCCAUUGCAGCCUGACCGCCGUUCCCGAUGAUGUUUUACGCUACACAAGAAGCUUAGAGGAGCUUCUCCUCGAUGCGAACCAGCUUCGCGAUUUACCCAGGGGAUUUUAUCGGCUUACGCAGUUAAGAAAAAUCGGCCUCAGCGAUAAUGAGAUCGGAAGGCUGCCACCAGACAUCGCAAAUUUGGUCAAUCUGCAAGAGCUGGACAUCAGCAGAAAUGAUAUUAUGGAAAUUCCUGAAAACAUCAAAUUCUGCAAGAAUCUUCAAGUGGCUGAUUUUAGCAGCAACCCAAUUUCCAGACUACCUGAUGGGUUUACGCAGCUCAGGAACCUCACCCACCUUGGACUAAACGAUGUCUCCCUGGCUAGACUUCCCCCAGAUAUCGGCAGCCUGAAAAUAUUGGAACUCUUCCAAAUCUUCAAGAAUUGUGGCUGGACUGCAAUGAGCUGCUGGACCUCCCACCUGAAAUUGGACAGUUGAAGAAACUGACUCAGCUGGAUGUUUCUGAGAACAAACUGGAGUUUUUACCUGAGGAAAUAGGAGGCCUGCAGAAUCUUACCGACUUGUUUUUAUCCCAGAACUGUUUAGAGAAUUUACCAGAAGGAAUUGGUCGCUUGAAGAAAUUGUCAAUCCUCAAAGUUGACCAGAAUAGGCUUUUAGUACUCACAACACAAAUUGGAAAUUGUGAGAGUUUACAAGAACUUAUUUUAACAGAAAAUCUUUUAUCAGAACUUCCACUUUCAUUGGGAAAGUUGAAGAAUUUAACGAAUCUCAACGUUGACAGGAAUAGGUUGACGGAGAUGCCCAAAGAGGUGGGCAGGUGUUCAAAACUAGGGGUUUUAUCCAUGAGAGAUAACAGAGUGGGUCGUCUGCCACAGGAAAUAGGAAACCUUAAAGACCUGCAUGUACUAGAUGUAUCUGGAAAUCGAUUAGAGUAUCUUCCCAUCACCAUAGCACAGUGUAAUCUGAAGGCAAUAUGGAUGUCAGAGAAUCAAGCUCAGCCCAUGUUGAAGUUCCAGACAGACGUGGAUGAGGUCACGGGACAGAAAGUGCUAACGUGUUUCUUGUUGCCCCAACAGGCUUAUCACACUGAAAGCAUGGAGAACCUGUUGAAGGGCAGCGUCCAGACUGAAGAUGACCGAAGCCUCAGCUGGAUGGAGAAAACACGCGACAGCGUGCGCUUUGCAGGAGAGAGUAGCGAGGAAGAACCAGAGGAAGAAGAUGAUGACUCUGAGAGCCAUUUUGUACGUCACAACACGCCUCACCCGAAGGACUUGAAGGCACGCCACGCCAAACUGUUUGAGGCUGUCACCGUGAAAGGCAAGAUAGACGGUCAUAUCAUUCCGAAGGGAGAGGACAAGAAAAAGGAGGGGUCUUUUGUCCCGCAGCGUGACUCGACGGUAUCUUGGACUGAGGAGGAAUUUGAGGCUCCACGCCCUACUGUGAAAUCCCCAACCAAGCCCACAAAAGUUGCCAUGCCCAUUCCACCUCCGCUGAAAACUGAACACAAAUACGAGAAGAAAGAUGCAUCCCCCACUUACCACAAGGAGGAUAAAAAGGUGAUCUUCACGGAGGAGAAACCAAGCUCUCCCACAGAACAUGUUCCAGCAGAAAAACCCAAGGUUGUAGAGGUCUCUCCACCUCCAAAGGUGCAUGAACCACCCCAGCCAUCCCCCAAGGUUGUCACGGUAACCCAGGUAACAACUGUCAUACCACAGGACACAGAAAUGGCGGAGGCCGAGGAGGAAGAAGAUCAGACAGAUGCUACAGAGAGGAGAGAUGAUGAUGAUUCUGAUGAGUUCACAGAAAGACACGUCGCUUUCCUGCCUGACGCAGAUGAAGUACCAGACAAAGAUCACCGCCUCAGAAGGAGAGACACACCACACCAUCUGAAAAACAAGAGGAUCAAUAUGGCGUCCAAAGAAGAUGCGGAAGAGAAAGUGAGGCAGAUUCUAGCGCAAGCAGCUGCACAGAAAAAUAGUCCCUCUACACCGGAAAACCCACCAUCACAGGAAUUAGGAGAGGAGGACGAGGAGAACCAGAUGCCUCCUUCCAUUCUCGCCUCAAAGGAGCAGCCGGUCCCCAUGGAAGUUGCCGAAGAAGAGGUUCAGAUACGGAUAGAACGCCAGCCAGGUCAGGGCCUUGGUAUCAGUAUAGCUGGCGGAAAGGGAUCCACUCCUUUCAAAGGGGAUGAUGAGAAUGUGUUUAUCUCCAAGGUCACCCCUGAUGGUCCAUCAGAAGCUGCUGGUAUUAAAGUCGGGGACAAACUCAUCUCAGUAAACAACAUUAACCUACUGAACGCGUUCCACCAUGAGGCAGUAGAAGCCUUGAAAAAGAGCGGCACGACCGUUACCAUGGUGAUUGCAAGAGAGGUGUUGGUACCUUCGGAACCCUCGUGGAGAGAUUUCUACGACCAUAAACAGAAGGUCGUACCUAACAGUGAACGUAAGAGGCGGGGCAGUGGCAAUAGUGUAACAUUUGCACCAGAACCAGAAAUGGAAAUUCAUGCCGAGACUCUAACAGUGAACCUGGUUCGUGACGACAACGGCCUUGGAUUCAGCAUAGCUGGCGGAAAAGGAACAGCACCAGCGUAUAGAGGCGGAAACGAGGCUAUUUACAUCUCUAGAAUAACAGAAGGUGGCGCUGCUGACAGGGACGGGCAGUUGAUGGUAGGGGACAGGAUUCUCUCGAUCAACAAUGUGGACGUGUCUGAUGCCCGCCAUGAUCAGGUUGUAUCCAUGUUGACCACCAUGCCAGAUCACAUCACCCUGGUGGUUUAUAGAGAGCAACUCAUCGUCAAAGAACCAGACCUUGAGAAAUUCAAGCGCGAACAACAAGAACAGAAUAAAGUUGUCAGUGCCGAACCACCUCUCACUCCACAGGAAGCAAUUACAGUGCAGACGACAGUCGAAGCAACCAAUAAAAUCUCACCGCCAUCACCGAAUAGAGUGCAGCAGCCGCCAUCGCCAGCUAAAGUUUCACCCACAGCGCCGAAAGUGCAGCCGCCAUCUCCAGUUCAUAUCGCUCCACCAGUAGCACAGCCGAGACAAAAGAAUUUUGCUUCAACGCCUGUUAGACCAGAAUCACCACCGGUGAAUGUGGUCCAGACUGUUAACGUGUCACCGGUGGCAUCCCCCAAGUCUCCUUCAGCAGUUGUGAAUCAUGCGCCUUCAAAUCGUCCAAAUGAACUUGUGCCUUACUCUAGAGAGGAUGUACACAUUCAGAAAGCAGGGGGUCCGUUAGGUCUCAGUAUUGUCGGGGGCUCUGACCACUCUAGUCACCCCUUUGAUGUCGAGAAACCAGGGGUCUUUGUUUCAAAGAUUGUCCCUGAGGGUGCCGCAGCAAAAACAGGAAAGCUAAGAAUAGGGGAUCGCAUUAUAGCUGUGAAUGGUAAAGACAUACAGUCCGCCAGCCACCAGGAGGCAGUAAUGAGCCUGAUAGCGCCUGUACAAGAAAUAGUUCUCACUGUGCAGCACGAUCCUCCACCGCCUGGCCUACAGGAACUCCAUAUAGACAAGGGUCCUGGUGAGAAGUUAGGAAUGAGUAUAAAAGGUGGCGCCAGGAGUCACCCUGGGAAUCCACUUGACAAAACGGACGAGGGAAUAUUUAUUUCUAAGAUAAAUAACAAUGGUGCCAUUGGAAGAGAUGGAAGGCUGAAGUUAGGACAGAGGUUACUGGAGGUCAAUGGACAGAGUCUACUGGGAGUAUCGCAUGUGGAAGCCGUGCGUGCCUUACGUAGUGUUGGAGACCACCUGACAGUCCUAAUUUGCGAUGGUUACGAUCCUGUGCUGGUAGAACAGAUGAUGCCUGCUGCCGGAAUGACGCCAAACUCGCUCAGCAGUUCAGUUUCAAGUUUAGAUAGAGAUGAUGAAGAAAGUGCUCUUAUAAGACAGCAGCUGCAAACCAGGGACCAAUAGAAAUUGUGUUCAGUGGGAAGUCUAGUAUUCCAAGAUUAAGUGUUGGCGGAUCGCAGCCAUCACGACCGCAAGGUCAAAGCUCAGUUGAGGUGGUCACAAUUCCAACACCAAAGACUUCUGGGAUUGCGACACCUGUAAGUGCUGCUCCUGUUGCUGCUGCUUCAGUGCCCACAAGCAAUGUGACUGUUACGACGUCUACCACAACGUCAUUUUCUACCAGGCCCCCAACAGCGGUAAAACCUCCUGUGUUUCGCAAGCCAGAAGUUAGCGCAAAACCAGUUGUGCAUCAGAAACCCUCCGUGCCAAAAGUCGUUACUAAGGUGCCGGCAUCAUAUGUGACCAAUGAUCGAUGGGGAGACAUCAAAUUCGCUGAGGAGGAUGACGAGGAUGAGGAUCGUAAAAUGGUGAUAUCAGCACCGGUGGUGCCACAGCAGACACAAAAUUCCUUUGCCACGGUAACGGUGUCUUCUCCAGGUGCCACGUCCCCAAAGAGUAGAAUCCCCUCUCUGAGUUCAUUUCAACCUAUUUCACCUAAAUCACCAACAGCUCCACCUGUUGGGCAACAGACAGGACUGCCGUCAACGGUUCAAAACUCAAACAACAACAAUAUGGCCACCCCAACAAAGAUAGCGCCACCUAGGGGUGCAUUUGUGGCCAACCGUGCCUCUCCAUCAGCUCCGUCUCAAAUUCCAGCACCUAGGUCUCAAAUUGCGCCACGAUUUACGAGACCGAGGCCUUUUCAACCUCCUCCCACAGCCCCAAAGAGUAAGAUACCAACCUUUGCCAGUAAGGGAGAACUUCAACAAACAAGCAAUAAGGCAACAACAGUAACUACGACGGCCAGUACCAUUGGGUCAACGUCAACUUUCUUGUCCUAUCAAGGAAGGCCGCCGCGCACAGCAUACACGGGCAUCCCAACGCGAUCGUCAUACCAACAGUCAACAACUGUCGAAACCUCAGCAGUAAAAGCAGACAAACCUGCUGUGAUCUCCUCCAACACAUCAUCAACUGUCACAUCUACCACACUCAUAACAACAACCAAUCAGGAGCAAGGUCAAGGCCAGGAAGUGCCACCCAAGAAGAUCCCACCCCCAGUUCCUGAGAAAAAAUGGAAACGUUCUUCAGUUGCUUCAUCGUGUGACUCCAUGCAGAGCUCAGUUUUGUCCAUAGAGGGCAAUGAUAGCAAUGAUGAGAUGGUGGACCCUGUCAAGCAAUCCCGCGUACCGAGUGGAAUGACCAGCAAAAGGAGAUCUCUGGCAGAUGCCGAGGAGCCGACAAGUCCCCACCGCAAAUCUGAAGUAUCAAAUAUGGAGAAGCUGCCCUUCAGUGCCAAGAAAAAAUAUUUUGAGGAGGAAAUUGAGCAUCAGGGACAGACUCAACCGGCAGAAGAAAAGAAAUUCAGUUUCUUGACUCCUGAUGAGAUACAGAAAAUUAAGCUGGAAGAAGAGAAGAAGAUGCUGUCCAUGUCCCAAGAGGAGCUGAUCUCUUACAUGAAGGACCAAGGGCAGACCACUCCAGAGCAGAAAGACAUGAACCAGGUGCUUUCUAGCUUCAAAUUCAGCUCCCCAACAGAAGGUUGUGUUCGCACUGCCAAGGCAGAGAAGCGCCUUCAGGAAAAGCUGAAGAGAGAUGGUGUCGAGAGCCCAUCAGACCGAGCGCUCUCUCCAGCAGAACUCAGGUUACAGGAGGCCGAGAAGAGGGCAGCAUGGCGGAAGGCUAGGAUGAAGUCUUUGGAAGAAGACGCAAUGAGAGCACAAGCUGUGAUAGGAAAGAUGAAGGAGAUGUCCGAGCAAGACGCCAAGGCCGAGGCCUCCAAACUUGUGGCUGUAGAUAUCAACGUGGAAGAAAAUGGCGAGGCCAAUGGACACAAUGAGCAUGCUAGUCACGUAGCUUCUAAUAUGGGUACUAACACCAGUGUAUCCAACGAAAGUCUACCCACUUCAGCCAAUCAAAAAACACUUGUCAUUGUCCAGCAUGAGGCAGACAAGAAAGUGAAAGAAACCUCCCGUGUGAUUGGUGAAAAUGUCAGGAGGAAAACUGAGGAGUAUUUUGAUGAAGAAACUGGCAAAGUGCAGUUUCGAACCGUUGAAUAUGUCGAGAAAACUAUCGAGCAUGAGGUUGAGACUAGAACGCAGCAAAUCUGUCAACUAGAACUGCAGGACAAAUAGACUUUUAUCUCAGAAGAUCUGGUUGUGAAAUGGUGGGGAAAAAACAUGGACAUGUAUAGGGAAAAAUGAAGAUGGCAAAAAUGAUGAAGAUCUGGUUGUGAUUUUUUCCGUAUUAGGUUAAAGAUAAAAAUGGUUACCAUACAUGGAAAUAACCAUGUACAUAUGCCCAUAGAUGAUGAUUGCAAAGGCCAUAUAUGGCAUACAGACUAUGAAACAAUGACCAUGUAUGGCAAACAUAAGUUACAUGCACAGGACAAAAAUGACAUGGUGGCAUGAAAUAAAAACUGCUAACUGAUAUAGCCAGCCAAGAAACCUCAAGUUCAUAUUUCAUUAAAAUAAUGAUGUAAAGAAGAUUCAUUAAAAGACUUGCAGGUCUUCACAGAUGAAAGAUUCAAAGGUGUUUUCUGUGCUUCUGCAAAAUGCCUUGUUAAAUACAUAUUUUCUCGUCAGGUUGACCUAUUUAUAUAUAUUAUCCAAAGGUUAUCGUUAAUGGUAUUUGUGAAUUUCAAAAAUCCACAUGUACUAGUUCUUGGGUUUUAAAGGCAAGGGGCAUUAAACUUCAUGGCAGUUUAUAGUUAGUAUGUACAGUUAAAACAUUAAAUUUUAUGAAGUAUUUUUAACAAGGAGACAUUUUGUACAGUGUACAUAGUUUAUGGUGGCAGGAAGGGACUUGUUUUAUGAAUAACCACAUUUUUGCUCCCAAUUUUAGUUUUUUUUGCCAAGUCAAGUAAUAUGUAGGCUUAGCAAAGGUAUCUUUAGAUAGGGAAAAAAAGUCCAUUCUUCAUUGUGUAGUUUUGGACGAGCGCUGAGAACAGCAGUUAAAUCCAUUCCUAAUUUUAUGAUUGCUCAUUAUACUUAUUGAGAGUGUUGAUGUGUUUUAGUCCUUGUUUUAUGUGCUCCUUUUCCUUUACCACUCCAAACUACUGGAAUUGUGUGUAUAUUUAUUGCAAUUUUUUGUAUUAUCUCCUAUAUACGGAGCAGCACUUAUCAUUCAUUUCAAUGUGUGAAUUGUUUUCAGUUUGGUUAUACCUGCUCUACUGACUGUUCAGAAGCUUUUAAAGAUCAGUUUAAUUUGAUUGAAAUAGGAAUUCUUUGUCACAACUUUCAACCUGUGGAGAAAGAAAUGAGCAGAUACAAUAUUUAUUUUACAUUUUAGUAAAACUUCUUUCGAGAAGGGUUUUAGCUUGUUAUUCAGGGCACAUGUGCAGUACAUUUUAUCCAAAAGGUGAUUUUGGAAAUUAUUCUUAUUCAUAAAACCUAAAGCAUUGUUCAACGAGUACUUUCACUAUUAUUCUCCAGUGGGGAAAAGGCUGUUGCUGCAGUAUAGAUAUUAUGUGCAUUUUUGUUGAGUCACAAGCAUUUAUUUUGAUAUACAAUAAUGAAUGACAAUUUUUAUGUGAAGUUUUGCAUGGAAGUGACCUUGAAAUGACCUUGCCAUAAUUUUUGGGUUUUCUUUCUUUUUUUCUUUUAUUUUGCUCUGUUGAAAUAGUGUUCAUAAGAUGCAUUGUGCAGCCUUUUCUUUUAUGUAUUUAAUUAUCAUCAUUUAUUUAUACAUUUAUUUCAACCACUAUUACCAUUUUACCUGUAUUAGAAAAUAGUUGGAAAGAGAAUGGCAAUUACUUCUUUCAUGAAAUGCUUAUUGAUUGUUUUUAUAAGCUUUACCCAUGUGGAUUAAGAACAGCUUGCCACUUUUUGUGCUGUUUUAGUGUUUUAACUUAAUCAAACCAGUAUUUAUGUGAAGCUAAUGUUGAACACGUUUUCUAUUUUUAACUUAAAUUUGUAAAUUAUAACACAUAUAACAAAAAUAUAUGAAUAUGAAAUGUCACACGCUAGAGUAGUUUGAUUCUGGUUGUCAGUAUGGGACAAAUGUUUAAAAAAUCUGCAGAACAUGGCAGUUGAAGUCAUUGUGCCAUUAGUUGACAGCAAAAACACCAAGUAAAUGUGAUGAAAGCAGAAGCGGGGUUUCUUCUCUGUUGCAUUCAGACAGAGCACCAGUUUCUCUACUAUGGGGUCAUAUCAUGAAAAUGCAAGGCCCAUUUCCAUAGAUUAGAUCGACCUACUUUAGAUCGACCUAACUCCCUGGGGGUUCACGCUAAAUAGCCGUCA